AUGUCUAAUGCUGAAUUAGUAAGAGAAAAAAAUGAAAUAUUACUUGAGGAUUUGAAAAGAGUAGAAAAUAUUAGAAAAGAAAAUAUGUCAUAUGAAGAAAUUAUAAUGAAUGCUGGUACAAAAGCACCAUUAUCUUGGCAUCAAACACCUAAUGGAUUUGAAAAAAUUCGAAAAGAUAUGAAAUAUUUUAGAAAAUUGAAAAGAGGUGGAAGAUUUUGGCGUCCAGUUGUAUUUUAUCUUUAUGGACCUGGUGGAAGUAGAAAAUCCGGAUUAGUUACAGAGUUAUUUGGUAAUGAAUUAUUUGAUAAACAAGAAAAAAUGAGAAGUGGUUCAAGUUGGUGGAAUGGUUAUGAAGGACAAGAUAUUUUAUUUUUAGAUGAAUUUUAUACAAAAAUUGAUUGGAAUACUAUGGUUAAUUUAUUAAAUGAUAGUAAUCAUAAAGUUCAAA